GGUUGGACUCGCUGAUCCUAAAGGUCUUUUCCAACCGAAAUGAUUCUGUGAUUCUGUGACCUGAGCAUCUCCCCAGGCCAAAGUGCCAGGACGGAGCGAGUUUUGGUUCCUGGUGGCUUUUGCACCAGCACUUCUCCCCUGCACAGCCCCGGCUGCAAAAGCCAUCCCGCUCAGCCGGGUCUGGCUCUGCAUCCCUGCCGAGGGCUCGGCUGGAUCCGGCUCUGCAUCCCUGCCGAGGGCUCAGCUGGGUCUGUUUUUGCAUCCCUGCCAGGGCCUCGGUUGCUGCCAUGGCAGGACCAGUCCUGCCCGGAUCGGGGUGCUCAGCCCUCCAUAGGCGGUGGCGGUGGUGCAGCCACUGAGCCUGCGCCGGGACGGCCCGGUUUCACUUCCCUGCAGAGGGUGGGGAGGGCGAGGCGAGCGCCGGGGCGGGGGGCAGGCACCCCACCGAGCUCGGGGUGCUGGGUGCCACCAGUCCCACCACCAUGGACUGGGCUGGGGAUGGUGCUGGGCAGCUCGCAGCCAUCCUGGAAUCGGAGAGCAGCGAGGAGGAUGAAGAGGAGGAGGAAGAGUCAGCUACAGUGCAGCAGCAUCCGCCCCUCGGCCAGGAGGUGAACGAAGCGGAGGAGCGGCUGGCCGAGCUCGAGCAAGCAUCCCAGGCGCUGCUGGCCGAGCUCUCGGCGCUGGAGACGGAGUUUGAGAUCGAGAGGACGUGCCGGCAGCGAGCCGAAGCUUACGCAGCCCAGGUGAAGCAGGAGAACAAGCAACUGAAGCGGCUCAGCCUGGCCCCGGCGGCCCCCCCGGCCCUGCCCGAGGAGCAGCCCCCCGAGGAGGACCCCGACCCUGCCCAGUGCUACCAGCAGCAGCUGGAGGAUCUGCAGGAGAAGAUCUCCUGGCUGCUGGAGCAGCGGAAGGACCUCACCAUCCAGGUCCAGGAGCUACAGAGGCAGAACCAGGACCUGAAGGACCAGCUGGAGACGGGACAGGAGGAGCGGCAACGCCUGCGGGCAGCCCUGAGCACCAGCCAGCGGGCACUGAAGUCCUUCAAGAAAGUGUCCCAGAUCGUCACCCAGGACUACUGCGAUGCAAUGCAGCAGCUGGAGCUGGAGCAGGACCUACGCCUGCACGCCGAAGCCUUCGCCCAUGAGAUGCUGGUGCAAAAGAAGGAGGCGAACAGGCAGAGCAUGAUCCUGCUGCAGAGCUCGGGGCCCAGCGCCCAGCUGCUGGCAGCCCUGCAGGAGGUGGGACGCCUGACCCAGCUGCUGGAGGAGGCCAGGCAGGAGCGGCAGCAGCAGGUGAAGGAGCUGGAGGAGCAGCUGGGGAGGCGGCCGGAGCCGGAGGAGCUGGAUAUGGCCCAAGCUGCUCUGGCUGCGGCAGAGGAUGAGAAACUGGAGCUGAGGAAGCGGCUGCAGGAGGCCGAGGGGCGGCUGGCGGGGCUGAAGGAGGAAGUGGGGUCGCUGCGGGAGAAGCUGGCCCAGGGUCCGCCACCGCAGAGCCAGACCCCUGAGAUGGUUGCACCCGCACCACCACCACCGCCGCCGCCGCCACCACCACUGCCACCACCCACACCCGCUGUCCCCGUGGACCCGCUCUCGAUGAUCAGGCAGAGGAAGGGGAUGGCAAACCUGCAGCGCAGCAAGCCAGAAGCUGACGAUGCUAAAGCUCGAGCCGUGCAGGAGAUGAUGGAGCGGAUAAAGAACGGGGUGGUCCUGAGGCCCGCGAAGGAGCGGGUGCCAGUGGGCCAGGGUCCGGCGGCAGCAUCCACCAAGCGGAGGAGCGUGGCGAUGGAGCUGCAGGGCAUCCUGGGUGCCAUGAGGAGGGCGAGCAGGAGGCCCAGCGGGCGGCAAAGCAGCCUGAAGGGCAGGGACAGGCAGCUGGAGUCCAUCCUGCAGCGGCGGCGCCGGGUGGUGGAUGCAUCUGCACCAGCACUGCCUGCCCCACCGCCCGCCCCCCUCCCCCUGCAACAGGACCACGAGGAUGCUGGGGCUGCGGGGAGGCUGGAUACUGGGGACAAGGACAACGGGACAACUCCAUCCAGGCGCUCGCCGGGGAGUGAGAAUGGGGUCUCGUUCAGACCCCGGGCAGCCGGUGGCCUCCCCAGGACCCGGCCAGUUGCCCGCCCAGCUGGAGGCAGGGGGGAGCCAGGGUAGAGGCAGCUGCCCACCGCGCUGCCCUUCGCCCAGCACCGCCAGAGCUGCACAGCCACGGCGGGGGGAGGAGGGAGAAUGGCGGGCGGCAGGGAUGGCUGCUGCAAACUUUCACCCUCGUUUUCCAGCAGCUUGCAUCCUCUUGUGCUUUAAUUAAAGUGAGGUAGCACUUGGUCCUUGCACGCCACGUUGUCACCGGAGAGGCACGUCUGCUGGGUGAGGGGGUGGCCGUGGGACGGGGCUGUGGCCGGCGUGGAUGGCAGUGGAGCUGCUGCAAAACGGAACGGCCAAGAGACAUUGUGGGACCGAAGCAGGGCACCCACUCUCCUGCCACCCUAGGGUGCCCAGCAGCUGGGCAGGGACACACAUAACACAGCACUUACCUGCAGCGAGGAGGAUAUCUGUGUCCCCCCCUCACCAGCGCUCCUGGCCUUCACCCAGCAGCAGCUCAGGGGUGAACAGUCCUUCCAGGCACUGAGCUCCAAGGCUGGGUUCCCCAGGGAGCCGGCAGACCCGUAUUUACUCAAAGGGAUGAAUGCUCUUAAGCCCACGCUUGUUUUUAAGCAUUGAGGGCCACAGGUUUUCCCCUCGAGCUGCUUGCUCCGAAGCUAUUGGGCUGGUCCCAGAGAUUUGCUGCUCCAGAGGAGCCGCGGGGCUGGUCCAGGGAAAAGGAAAAAGUCCAGGAAAAAGCGUCUCUGUAUUUAGGCAAUCAGAGGUGGAAAGCACGGAUCUGCUCCAUCAGGUCACCCUCCCAAGUGCCCGUGGUCCCCAAGGCACCCAGGAGUGCCCCCUGCCCUGCCGGUGUCCCCCCAUGCGCUCCCCUCCCCUCCGGCUGCCGCAGGGGUGUUUCGGUGCUGUAAGGCAGUCCUUCACGCUCAGCAGCAAAGGGAACAGCUUGGUACAGCCGAGUCGCCCACCGCAACUUGAACAACACGCAGCGGGGCCCCUGGCAAUGCUGGAACAUACUGGGAGACGGGGGAGUCAGCACUGCUGGGAUGUGAGGGUUGAAGGGCUGGAUUCCGUGGCAGUGUCUCUUCCUUUUAAAUCCAAAGAACAAC